AUGGCGACUGGCAUGCGCAAGAGUCGCCAUAUUAAAAUUCAUGUAAAUGGACCAAAAUAUUCAACAGCUGUUCCUGAGGCAGCAGGUAGUACGUCGUACCUUACUGCUAAUAGGCCAACAACCGAAAAAUUACUAUUUAGUACUCAAUAUGAAUCUCCAAUGCCAACAUACAGAGUACUAAGCGAUUGUGGAACAGAAAUUCUGAACCCUGAAGUUAAUUAUUUGGUCAACAAAGAACAUUUGGAAAAAAUGUAUAAAGAUAUGCUGACACUUAAUGUCAUGGAUCAAAUUUUAUACGAGAGUCAAAGGCAAGGAAGAAUUUCAUUUUAUAUGACAAAUUUUGGAGAAGAAGCUUGCCAAAUAGGGAGUGCUGGUGCUUUAGAACCUGAAGAUUUAAUAUUUGCUCAAUAUAGGGAAGCAGGGGUCUUGUUGUACAGGGGAUAUGACCUGGAUAUGUUUAUGAAUCAAUGUUAUGGUAAUGAAUUAGAUGAGGGCAAAGGAAGGCAAAUGCCUGUUCAUUAUGGCUCGAAAAAGCUAAAUUUUGUGACAAUAUCAUCUCCUUUGGGAACUCAAUUACCACAAGCCGUAGGAGCUGCUUACCAAUUUAAAAUAUCUAAACAGAAUCGCUGUGUUAUAACUUAUUUUGGGGAGGGUGCUGCCAGUGAGGGGGAUGCUCAUGCUGCAUUUAAUUUUGCAGCCACUUUAGACUGUCCUGUUAUAUUUUUUUGUCGAAAUAAUUGUUAUGCCAUUUCAACUCCUUGUUAUGAACAAUACAGGGGUGAUGGUAUUGCUGGUAGAGGUCUUGGAUAUGGAAUACCAUCAAUAAGAGUUGAUGGAAAUGAUCUUUUGGCUGUGUUACAUUCCACCAGGAAAGCUCGAGAUCUUGCCAUCUCGGAAAAUAAGCCAGUAUUAAUUGAAGCUAUGACAUACAGAAUUGGUCACCAUUCUACAUCAGAUGACAGCAGUACAUAUCGAUCUAUGGAUGAAGUUAAAGAAUGGAAUUCUCAUAAUCAUCCAAUUAACAGAUUUAGAAACUUUUUGGAAUUCAGAGGCUGGUGGAAUGAAGACAUGGAAAAAGAAUGGAGAAGCGAUGCAAGAAAAAAAAUCCUAAAAUCAUUUAAUGCAGCAGAAAAGAAAAAAAAACCAGCAUGGAAAGAAUUAUUCUAUGAUGUAUACCACGAUAUGCCAAAACACAUACAAAAACAAAUGCAUGAAAUGGAGGAACAUUUGAAAAAUUAUGGAGAACACUAUCCGAUGAAAGAUUAUAGAAAUCAAAGUUAA